GUCACAGACAACAGCAACAACAGUAGUGUCGGCCAGCGAUGGGGUCAUGGACUGGUCUACUGAGGGCCGCCCUAGCCCUAGCCCUAGCUCUCGGCCUCGGCCAGGGCACGGUGUCGGGAGAAGUGUUCACCAACUCCUUCCUGGUGAGGCUGGACGGCGAGCUGGGAGCCGAGGCCGCCGACCGAGUAGCGGCCAGGACGGGUUUCGUCAACCGAGGACCGGUUCUUGGGUCCAAGAGUGAAUUCCACUUCGGCCACAACGCGCUGCCUCAUGCACGCAGCAAGCGCAGCAUCCCGCACACCCGGCGGCUCAAGGUCGACCCGCUGGUCCAUUCAGCCGUUCAGAUGACGGGGUUCAAGAGGGUGAAGAGAGGUUACAACCCCCUCAAGGUCGAGAACCUCGUGCCAUACAUGAGACCCCAGCGGGACCCCACGGACCCCUAUUUUCCGUUCCAGUGGUACUUGAAGAACACGGGUCAGAAUGGUGGCAAGGCCAAGCUGGAUCUGAAUGUGGAGGCUGCGUGGGCCCAAGGAGUCACGGGAAAGAACGUCACUACAGCCAUCAUGGAUGACGGUGUGGACUAUAUGCAUCCUGAUUUGAAACAUAACUACAAUGCUAGAGCGAGUUACGACUUCAGUAGUAACGAUCCAUACCCGUAUCCACGCUACACUGAUGAUUGGUUUAACAGUCACGGAACGAGAUGUGCAGGAGAGGUUGCAGCUGCAAGAGAUAACGGCGUCUGUGGGGUCGGAGUCGCUUAUGAAUCAAAAAUUGCAGGUAUCCGGAUGUUGGAUCAACCGUACAUGACGGACCUGAUAGAGGCCAACUCCAUGGGCCAUGAGCCGAACCUGAUCGACAUCUACAGCGCUUCCUGGGGCCCAACAGAUGACGGCAAGACAGUGGACGGUCCCCGCAACGCUACCAUGAGAGCCAUCGUGCGCGGAGUUAAUGAGGGAAGGAACGGACUGGGCAACAUUUACGUCUGGGCGAGCGGUGAUGGCGGAGAGGAUGACGACUGCAACUGUGAUGGCUAUGCUGCCAGUAUGUGGACUGUAUCAAUCAAUUCAGCCAUAAAUGACGGUCAGAACGCGCACUACGACGAGAGCUGCUCGUCUACGCUCGCAUCCACUUUCAGCAACGGAGCCAAGGACCCCAACACCGGAGUGGCCACAACGGACCUGUACGGGAAGUGCACCACCACACAUUCCGGAACUUCCGCCGCAGCACCGGAAGCAGCAGGAGUGUUUGCUCUCGCUCUCGAAGCUAACCCUGGACUGACCUGGCGCGACAUCCAGCAUCUGACCGUGUUGACGUCCAAACGUAACUCGCUGUUCGACGCCAAGAGGAGGUUCCACUGGACAAUGAACGGAGUGGGUCUGGAGUUCAACCACUUGUUCGGGUUCGGGGUGCUGGACGCGGGAGCGAUGGUGGCGCUGGCCAAGCAGUGGAAGAGUGUGCCUGCCCGGUACCACUGCGAGGGUGGCAGAGUUACAGAGACCAAGAUGAUACCGAGCAGCAGAUCCGUGGUGCUGAAGAUCAAAACUAACGCUUGCCAAGGCACAGACACGCAGGUUAGCUACCUGGAACACGUACAGGCUGUCAUCACGCUGAACGCUACAAGGAGGGGCGACGUGGAGCUGUUCCUCACUUCACCUAUGGGAACAAGAUCGAUGAUACUGAGCAAGCGUGUGAAUGAUGACGACCGUCGUGACGGGUUCACCAAGUGGCCUUUCAUGACCACGCACACUUGGGGCGAGUACCCACAAGGGGAGUGGACUCUAGAGGUCCGAUUCAACUCGCAGUGUCAACAGAGCGGGUUCUUCAAAGAGUGGACCCUGAUGUUGCACGGGACUCGAGACCCACCCUACAGUGACCUGCCCGUCUCCGACCCCCACUCAAAACUGGCCAUCGUAAAGAAGGCCCAUGAAGAGAGGAGCAAGAUGUAAACAUUCCUCUCUUUGGCGAUUUAUUUCACAAAGCAAAAACUCACUCAUUGGGUUAACUGGACACAAAUUAUUUUAGACAUUGACAAAUUAUGACUUCUGUGCCAAAUGAGUCUACAUUAGAUUGAGAAACCUCCGACCGGAAAUAUAAAACAUUUGGUUAUAAUAAUGAAAUUCAUAAUUGAUGUAUUGUGUCGAUGACUGUAAACGUAAACAAAACGAUGUAUUGCUUUAAAAGCAACUCUUCACAAAACUUAAGGGACUUAAAAUAACCCAAGAUAAAGCUGUAAUCAAAUUUUUCGUUAUCACGAGAAAACCUGCAGAGUUAUACUGGUGCAACCAGUGUUGUACCGAUUAUUCCAAAACUUCAUAGUCACAGCCCUUUUUGAACAAGCAAGAACAUUAAUUUUUAUUUGUAAAAAUAGUAAACAUGUAUAACGUAAUUUGAACAAUGUUAAUCAAGUCCACAGUACAUAACAUAAUAUAAAUUAUGAACUCUUUAUAGUAUGUAUAUAAGAUAUUUAUUUUAAAUUUUAAAACUUGUAAUUUUUUUAAUUAUCUUUAAUUCGAAAAGUAAUUUCCUUUUUUCAUUGUUGCCUGACAUCAAAAUUCAUACGCAAAAUUGUAAGACAUUAAUAUUUUUUUCAGCCAUUUUCACGUGAAUCUGAUUAGAAGAUUGCCAAACGUGACUACUAUCUUUAUAGUAGUCAUACAAAUUAAGAUAUAGCCAUCAAGAUAUAUUAGACCUUUAGAAAUCCACUUCCUUCAAAGUGGAAUUAUAAAUGUCUCAUGUACUCACCAAGAAACUUGUACGGCUGUGACUAUGAAAUGAACACUGCAAACAGCUGAGCACACCACCUUAAGGAAGUUCUAUCGUCCAUAAUAUAAUACGAGUACAAUGUACGAAGUAAUGAUACGUUUUUUGAUUUUCCUUACACAGCUUUUGACUUGGUUUGUAUAAGAAUUGUUCUUUUUAUGAAAUUACUAUACGUAAACACACUAAAAAGACAAAUAUAAAUUAUUUUAUGAAGUCAUCAAAGAUGGCGAAUGUACGAGCCGAGUGCAUUUGAAUUUAUAUUUAGCUCAAAACAAAUUGAUCGCAACAAAUGAUACCUAAGUAUUAAGAACUGUCUGGUACACAAACCAUCGUUAGUAUAAAAAUUGACUUAGAAAGCCGAAAUACAUUAUUCUAUUCUAAGAACAAUACAAACGUAACAUUUUUAUAUCUUAAUUAAUUUAUAUAGGUUUCCAUCUUAACCAGUUUUCUAAGGAAACCCUAUAUUAUAUGUUAGCGUAUGUUUUAGGGUUUAGGUAGAAUCUCUGAUUUAGUAUAGAAAUGUAGAUUACUCGUUGUUUUAUCUGUUCAUUGGAACAAAUUUGCUUUUCAUAUUUCCGUGUCACUAAACAGUAUACAUAUGGACUUCGUCGUUUUACUUUCUUACCCUUUUUCCAACCAAUGGUUAUAAGUAUAAAUUAGAUAAAGGAAGGGGUGUAUUCUAAUAGCUUAUUAUUUAUAUAUGUAUUUAAAUAUACAACAGCUGAAACAACUAUUCACAAUUUUACUCACAAAUAUACAUUACCACUGACAUUUCUACUAUUUUAAGGUAUAAUUUCAUCAUGGAAUUAGUGAAUUUGAUUUAAAAUUGGUAAAAACAUUUCUACACAACGUUUUUCCAUACAUUAUAAUUACUUUCAAGUUUUAAAUGCAAAAUUAUAACCUGAUAGUAGAAGAAAACUUAGUGUUGAAAUGAUAUUUUUUUUUAAUGGAACAACUAAAUGUUUUGUAAUUUACAAUAUUACUUUUAAAAAUUAUUAAUUAUACCACAAAUUAAUUCACCAAAAUUUGUUUUAAUUAGUGAAAAUUUGCGAAAGAUAAAUUUAUAUAAAGUUAAAUCAAAAUUCUAGACUCUAAAUAGAUCGUAUUUAAAACAUAUUUAUUGGUAAUUAAAAAUAUUACCACUUUAAUUAAGCAGUUUGAUUAUGUAGUUAUUUGAACAUGCAAUGUUCAUAAUUUAAAUAUAAUCGUGAAACAAAGUAGCUUGUUUACAAAAAGUCAAAUUGGGCAUAUCAUAGUUCGACGAGUUACUUUUAUAGACGGCUGUGAUUUAAUUUUACAAACAUUUGUUGAGAUGAGAUAGAAACUAAUAUCAAUAUUGGUUCAAAAGUAUAGGCAAAUUAUUAUAUUAAUUAUAACAUUUUAAAUAACAAAAAAUGUAUCCCAUUUUUUAAGCUUACAUAGUUUAUCUUGUUAAGUUUAUUAUAACUUUAGUCAAAAUAAGUUAGUUAGAAGCUUUAAAUACUAUAUUUAAUUUGUUAAAUAUUCAUUGUGGAUUUUAUCAACCCAGUAUAUUAUCAGGUCAAAACUACAAUUAUGCAAUGUGUAACUAUAUAUAAUGUCAUUUUAUGUUUUAUUUUGUCAUACACAAUAUAUAACUUUAAAAAAUGUAAAAUCUUUGAUUUGCACAAACCUUAUCUAUGGACCCAUAUAAUGGAAAUAUCAUACCUUAGUAUGUCUAUUAUACCAAAAAUUUAAAUUUAUUAGUCUCAUUUUGAAGAGAUAAAGGGAUGAAAACGAGAGUAUUAUAUUAUUUUUACAAAAGUAGAUUUUUAUAGGGAAUGAAGGAUCUUAAGACAGUGUUUUCUAAUGCAUGUUAGAGUAGAAAAGAUAGUUUUAAACCUGCACGACGCUGGACGUCACCCGCUAUAAUUAGGGUCCAAACGUUUGCACAAUUUAUUUACACAUAUAUUUUUGUACUCUUAAAUCAACGAUAAGUUUAAGUUAUUAGUUUUUUUUACCACUUUAACAGAAUUAGCCGAAUACAAUAUUGGGUGAUCAUUAAUAUAAAAUAACAUUGAACUAUUCAUGCAAUGAAAAAAAAAAACUGCUGAAAUUAUUGUAUAUAUUUCUGUUGUACAUAAUAUAUAUUGCUGCUUGUUUUUAUGAAUUCCAUGUCUAUGAGUGGUUUUCGUUUUAGCUCCAUUCGUUACUUGGGUUAUGUUUGCCAAAGCUUGACCAUGACUGUUUACGCAACACAGGUAGUUAGAAUUAUCUGAUUGAUUGUAAAUAUAUUUGAAAUUGUCGUCUAUAGUUCUAUUUCAUAAAACCUAACAACAACUUGGUUUAUUUAUUAGUUAAAUUGUAGAAGAUAUUGUAUUCCUUAGUUUAGUAACACUAUUUGUAAAAUAGAACAGGUAUAUAAUAAUAAUAAAGUUAUAAAUAUUCUGGUA